UUUCCGCCCCAACUAUUUGUUUAUGCUUAUGCAUAUAAAAUUUGUUGGUUUUUAGAUUAUUUGUUAGUUUUUUUGAUUGUAGUUUACAGUUAUUUUUUAUAGUUUAAUUUUCGGCUGAUUAAUUCAUUGGUGCGAUCAGGAAUACGAUCAACCAUGAGUGAUCUCUUCGAAUUGAUCCAAAAUGAUAUUCCUGAAGGGAGGCAGAAUCUUCAAGACAACCAUUCCAAUCUUGAAUUAGUUGCCAAAUACUGUGAAGAUAAUUAUUUCAGAGCCGAAGAUAAAAGAGCUGCUCUUGAGGAGACCAAAAAUUAUACUACUCAAUCUUUGGCUAGUGUAGCUUAUCAGAUAAAUACUCUGGCUUAUAAUUUAAUUCAUAUGCUGGAUCUUCAAGGGUCACAGUUAGCAGAGAUGGAAUCUCAAAUUAACCAUAUUAACCAGACGGUAAACAUUCACAAGGAAAAAGUUGCAAGACGAGAAAUCGGAGUUUUAACAGUUAACAAGGCAACUUACCGUCAACAUAAAAUAUUGGUUCCAGCCAAUCCUGAAAGACCAGUAAAAUAUACAAGGAAACCAAUUGAUUAUUCAAUUUUGGAUGAUAUUGGUCAUGGAGUUAAGAUUGUUUCUAAUGCUCCAAGAACCAAACGUAUGUCAGGCUCAAACCAAUUAAAUGGAUCCAAUUCUAUGACAUUAGGUAGAGCAGGUACUGCACCUACCACAAAACCACCCACACCACCUGGAACUCUACGAGGUAGUGGAAGUUUGUCAAGAUCAUCUAAAGAAUAUCGAACUCCCGCUCCUCCUGUCGCCCCUCCACAAGUUCCAAGUAAUUAUGCUCCAAAUUAUCCAAUUGGUCACCCCAAAGGUCCUGACAGUGCGAGAAGAGGUAGUGGUUAUUCAACUCUUCCAGUCAAUAUGGCCCAUUCAGGAGGACAAAUUUCAGCUGCAAUGCAAGCAAUGCAAAUUCAAGACCAAUAUCAACAACAAUUACACCAAUCUGUUCAUCCAUCUCAGGCUCAACAUCUUCUUCUACAACAGAAACCCGGUGAACAAACUUAUCAACAAACCGCAACAUAUAGUCAACCUCCACAACCCAAUUCACAACAGAAUACUAUGCAAAGGAGAAUUUAUCAAGAGAGACCAAUGGGAAUUGUGCCACCUUCUCCAACUCCACCUCUUCCACCUCCUCCUCCUGUCUCUCAAGAUAUGGCUUCCAACCGCGAUUCCUUGCCUGAGCCUCCACCAUUGAUGCACCAGACGUCAAAUUCUGGAAACGUGUCACCUCCUCUUCCUCCACCUCCUCCAAUUGACGAGGCCAUGUAUAAUCACGAUUCGAUCGAUCCUAACGAUUGGGUUCCUAAAAGUUAUCUAGAGAAAGUUAUUGCUGUUUAUGAUUACAUUGCUGCAAGAGAUGAUGAAUUAUCAUUUUCUGAAAAUUCUGUCAUUUACGUGAUCAAAAAGAAUGAAGAUGGUUGGUAUGAAGGAGUAAUGGAUGGAAUAACUGGUUUAUUUCCUGGAAACUAUGUUGAGCCCUGUUUAUAAGAGAAACAUCGAAGUCAUUGUAAAUUAAUUUAAAUAUGAACUGAGGACGAUCUAAUUUUUUUCAUCAUUUCCUGAUUCAAAUUUUCUAAUUUUUUUCAACUUUAAAUGUUAUCUCCAACCAAAUUGAAUCUUCUCUAUAGCCCGAAAUCGCAAGCAAUGACAACAUUUAUUUGACCUUUUAUUUUUUAAUUCAAAUUGCCAAUCUCUUGUAACCAUGAAGAGCAUAAUCAUUUUUAGAUUUUUAGAUUAAUUUCUGGUAGAUCAUCACAUUUCUGUGUUUAUGUUCAAAUUAACCAUUCACAUCUCUUGUUGAUUAUAUUUUGUAAAGCCCAUGAAAUGUUGAUUUUUUCCUUGCAUAUCUCUUGAUUAAAGGGUCAUGAUGAAGCGCCAUAUGAGUUAAACAA